AUGAAAAUAUAUCACCAGAUUGUCAUCAAUGCAAAUAUUGUUUUCUCAACAUUAUCAGCAAGUGGUUCUGGUCCUGUUAGAAGUAACUUUAAAGCAAAUAUUGUACAUGCACAAGUACAAGUUUAA